GUCAAUGUUAAUAUAACAUAAAACUGUAGUAAUUGUAAUAGAAUAUUUUAAAAGAAAAUAGAAAGAAACAAUGGUCCUUACAAAAGAAUAUAGAAUUUGCAUGCCCAUGACCGUGGAGGAGUAUCGUAUCGGCCAAUUGUAUAUGAUAGCCAGACACAGCUUUGAACAAUCCAGCAACGGUGAAGGCGUUGAGGUAGUAGCAAAUGAACAAAUAAAUGAUGAGACAAAUGGAGUUGGUCAAUUUACUGAGAAAAGGAUACAUUUGUCUAGUCACUUACCCUAUUGGAUCCAAAGUCUGAUACCAAAGAUUUUUUAUGUCACUGAAAAAGCAUGGAAUUUUUAUCCAUUUACAAUUACUGAAUAUACAUGUUCUUUUAUUCCAAAAUUCUCAAUAUCGAUUCAAACAAGAUAUGAAGACAACAAUGGCUCUACCUACAAUUGUCUGGGCUUAACGCCUGAUGAAUUAGAAGGUAGGGAAGUUGAUUUCUUGGACAUAGCUUUUGAUGAGAUAAAACCACAUCACUAUAAAGAAUCAGAGGACCCUAAACUGUUUAAAUCUGAAAAAUCCGGACGAGGUCCUCUCAUUGAAGGAUGGCGUGAUGACCAUAAACCAAUCAUGUGCUGUUACAAAGUAGUCCAUGCCAAGUUUGAAGUCUGGGGAUUGCAGACCAAAGUGGAAGACUAUGUUCAAGCAGCUAUUAGAGAAAUCCUUCUACUUGGACACCGCCAAGCUUUCACAUGGAUGGAUGAAUGGUUCAACAUGACUAUAGAAGAUGUCCGGAGUUAUGAAAAGGAAAUGCAAACGAAAACCAACAUGAAGGUCAAAACAGCGUUAGAAGAAGCAGAAAACAGCCAAGAGGGGCAAGACAGUAAGAAGUCAUCACAGCCCCCAACUCCAAAGACACCUAAAAGUCCACUGGGGACACCCUCAUCGGAGUCCAAGUCCUGGUUUUCGUGGUCAUAAUUUAAUCCUACGAGAGGAUCUACACUCACUUAUCUUUCUAUGCAGGGUUCAGUUUUGUUGACAUAAUGUGUUCAUCUGUUGCCUUUUUUAUGUCAUUUAUGUAAAAUAGAUAACUAUUUAAUAUCAUUCUCACUAAUUAAUACAAGUAAAUAGAUCGAUCCGUUUGAAAUUUAACUAAAACUGUAUUUUUAUUUAAUACGAAAAUGGUAAAUAUAUACAUAUAUAUAAAUAUUUUAA